AUGGCGAAAGGGCAGCCUCCUGCAGGGGGUCUGAAGUCAGCUCUGCCCUUGACCGGCUACGUGACCUUUGUCAAUCUCUCUGACCCUCAGCUGGCUCAUCUAUUUGAUGAGGAUAAUAAUACUUCUCACUCACCGCAAAGAUUAGGAAAAUCCACUUUCAAGACAGGAAGAGACACAGGCCUGAACCACAGAAGCCUCACGCUCAGCUCUCAGAAGGCCCCAGGGGGACCCAGCUCCAACCGCGGAAACACCAAGCAGCCCUCGGAAGUGUUUUCUGCUGCUGUCGUGGUUCGUCCGCUAAACUGCAUUGAUGCUGUGUCCCAGAACACGGGCAUAGGCAAGAACGGGGACCUGCCCUGGCCCCGGCUCAGGAAAGAAUGCAGGUAUUUCCAAAGAAUGACCACAACCUCUUCAGUAGAAGGUAAACAGAAUUUGGUGAUUAUGCGCAGGAAAACCUGGUUCUCCGUUCCAGAGAAGAAUCGAACUUUAAAGGACAGAAUUAAUAUAGUUCUCAGUAGAGAACUCAAGGAACCUCCACAGGGAGCUCAUUUUCUUGCCAAAAGUCUGGAUGAUGCCUUAAAACUUAUUGAGCAACCAGAAUUAACAAAUAAAGUGGACAUGGUUUGGAUAGUGGGAGGCAGUUCUGUUUAUACGGAAGCCAUGAGCAGGCCAGGCCAUCUUAGACUAUUUGUGACAAGCAUCAUGCAGGGAUUUGAAAGUGACACAUUUUUUCCAGAAAUUAAUUUGGAAAAAUACAAACUUCUCCCAGAAUAUCCACGUGUUCCUUCUGAUGUCCAGCGGGAGAAAGGCAUUAAGUACAAACUUGAAGUAUAUGAAAAGAACAAUUAA